GGGAGCCCGACGCGGGGCUCGAUCCCAGGACGCUGGGACCAUGACCUGAGCCGAAGGCAGACGCUUAGGGACUGAGCCACCCAGGCGCCCUACUUCCGGGAUUUAAAACCGGUUUCCGGAAGCCAGGACGGCGUCCCCAUGACAACCGACGUUGGGGCUUUGAGGCCCUUGUCUUAGAGCAAGGAAAACAGCUCUGAUUUGAGGAACUAGUGCUUCUCCCUCAGUGCUGGGGAGAAAGCCAGGAGCUGUCUUCUGGGGAACUGUGGAGUGUGCCCCUGGGGACCCAAUAAAGCAGAAGGAAGAUGCUCCAGACCAGUAACUAUAGCCUGGUGCUCUCCCUGCAGUUCCUGCUGCUGUCCUAUGACCUCUUUGUCAAUUCCUUCUCGGAGCUACUCCGGAUGGCUCCUGUCAUCCAGCUGGUGCUCUUCAUCAUCCAGGAUAUCGCGAUACUCUUCAACAUCAUCAUCAUUUUCCUUAUGUUCUUCAACACCUUCGUCUUCCAGGCUGGCUUGGUCAACCUCCUCUUCCACAAGUUCAAAGGGACCAUCAUCCUCACAGCUGUGUACUUCGCCCUCAGCAUCUCCCUUCAUGUCUGGGUCAUGAACUUACGCUGGAAAAACUCCAACCGCUUUGUCUGGACAGAUGGACUUCAAACGCUGUUUGUAUUCCAGAGACUAGCGGCGGUGUUUUACUGCUACUUCUACAAGCGGACAGCUGUGAGACUGGGCGAUCCUCGCUUCUACCAGGACUCGUUAUGGCUGCGCAGCGAGUUCACCCAAGUCCAAAGGUGACCGCUUCUUGUCACACUGAUGGAUGGAUGCCUUUCCUUCCUGACAGAGGCUAUGUUUGUGGCUCUGUGGGGUGGGCGUCGGCCCUAUGCACAGGAAGCACCUUGACUUUACUAGGACCGUCUCUGGCCACUUGUGUUCAGCCAUCAAGAAGGAAGAUCUUCCGUCUUGCAAAUUGAAGUGUUUCCCAGUACAGGCUUCAGUACAUAACCCUCCCCGGCCUCCACCUCGGUUCUGCCCCUUUUCCUUUCCUGCUCUGUGCCCCUCUUCUCACACAGUGCUGUGAGGCUUGAUCCUUGGGAGGCUGUCACUUAGCCUGGUACAGGAGGGGCUCCUGGCACCUGCUUUCUUUGCAGCAAACAUAAUUAAUGGAUGCAAAGAGUGACAUUUCUGAGCUCCUGACUGAUCACACUGUAGACAUUUAGAUUUUAUACCUAAGGUGGCUUUUUUUACAUUUUAUAAAUAGGAAAUAAAUCGAAUUCUUUUUCCGUACAUGGUAGAGUCUGUUUGUGUAGCUACAUCUCUUCCCAGAUAAGAAGCAUGUCAAGUCCUGGCCUUAGCAUUUACUUGACCCAGUGGGCAGCUUGAACCACAGAACAAAUAAAGAUAUUUAUUGAGUGCCGU